AUGGAAUUUAAAGUAGUUUUUGUUUUGGCACUGGCCUGGAGUUUAAACUUUACUCAAUUUGUGUCUACAGCCACAGUCACUGGCUUAUCAGAUACAACAUUACCAUCCAAGGUACCUGCAACAACAGAAGCCCCUUUAACAAACAAGGCCACUACAACGAAGGCCCCUACAACAGAGGCCCCUAUAACAAACAAGGCCACUACAACGGAGGCCCCUACAACCAAAGACAUUACAACAGAGGCUCCUAUAACAACCAAGGCCAUUACAACGGAGGCCCCUACAACAGAGGCCCCUAUAACAACCAAGGCCACUACAACGGAGGCCCCUACAACCAAAGACAUUACAACAGAGGCUCCUAUAACAACCAAGGCCAUUACAACGGAGGCCCCUACAACAGAGGCCCCUAUCACAACCAAGGCCACAACAGCGAAGGCCCCUACAACCAAAGCCAUUACAACAGAGGCCCCUACAACAGAGGCCCCUAUAACAACCAAGGCCAUUACAACGGAGGCACCUACAACAGAGGCCCCUAUCACAACCAAGGCCAUUACAACGGAGGCCCCUAGAACCAAAGCCAUUACAACAGAUGCCCCUAUAACAACCAAAGCCACUACAACGAAGGCACCUACAACAGAGGCCCCUAUAACAACCAAGACCACUCCAACGGAGGCCUCUACAACAAAAGCCCCUAUAACAACCAAACCCAUAACAACUGAGGCCCCUACAAUAGAGGCCCCUUUAACGACCAAAGCCACUACAACGAAAGCCCCUACAACAGAGGGUCAAACAACGGAGUCCCCUACAACUAAAGUCUCUACAACAACCGAGGCCACUACUACACCAGUACCUACAACAGAGACUUCUAUAACAGAGGCCCCGACCUCUGACGCAUUUACAACUACCAGGGCCACAUCAACAGCCAAUGCCAUUACAAUAGAGGCCUCUACAACAACCGAGGCGCCUACUAAACCGUCAACAGGUCAAACCACUUCUGAAGUAUCCACCAUAACUCCUAGUCGUUCCACACCGACACGUCCAACCAGACCGACUCGGCCAAGUAUUCCAGUAUCGCGCACACAAACUGUUCCAUCGGGGAGAUCUACAACAGUCUUGUCUCUCUCUUCUACAACUGAAGGCGUUGACCCAACGGCUGACGCUGCUACUGGAGGCUUCCAGUGGAGUAAACAUAGACUAUAUAUAAUCAUACCCCUGGUGGUUAUCGCAGUUCUUAUCAUCGUCAUCGCCGUUGUUAUUGUUUAUCUCAAAAAGAAGAAACGUUUGAACAGGGUAGUGCUAGAUGACACCGCUUGGGGACAAAACCAGUUGGCGAUGGACAAUUCUGGUAUGACAAAUAUCCCUAUGGAGAGAUCGAAACCUGGUUAUACAGCACUCCCGCAAGUGGAAACAAAAACUGGAGAUGAAUCUGUUUAA